GAAAGAGGCGAAGAUCAAACGCUGUUUCGGAGUUCUCGAAGUUCUCCAUUAUCGCCAUUGACGAGAGGCUUCCCCAUUCUCUCCCUCAGCCAGAGCCAGAGCCAGAGGGUUUUCCCUUCCAGUACUCGAGAGUCCGAUAUUGAUGAUUACAUUGGCAUGGAGAGUUGUGUUGAUUUGAAAGAGAAUCAAACGGCGGCCGACACGAUGCCACCGCCGCCGCCGAUGAAAUUCUCCGAUAAGAGGGAGAAUAAAAUGUGGGGGGGAACGGGGAGGAAGGAGAGGGAGUAUCCUCCGCCGAUCCCAUUGCUGGUUCGCACCGAGAAUCUGGCUUCCCACAUGCCGUGGGUGUUGAAACGGCAUUACACCGGCGACGGGCGGCUGAUACUGACGGAGGAGAAAGUGAGGCACCACGAAUACUUCCGGGCCCACAGAUCCGACGGCCGUCUGAUGCUGCAGCUGGUGGCCCUCGACGACGGCGACGGCGAAUCCGGGCAAGAUCAGGAGGAUGAGGAUGAGGAUUUUGAGAAAGGGGGGAAAAUGAAAUGCUUAAAGAAUGGGAUUGUGAGGAGGCGCAGAGAUCCAGCGCUUAUGUUCGGAGUGGCAGUGCCUGCACUUUCUGCAGGGACCCUGAGGACCGUUCGAAGCUAAGAAAACAAUGAAAUAUUGUCAGCAUCAACAACAGCGAUAACAUUUUAGAACUUGAAACUAGAAACUAAUAAAAUUCGAGACCUGUUUGGGUUGGGGUUGGGUCUUUAGUUAGCCUUUUUAUUUCAUUUCUCCUAUAAAAUAUGAUAUGAUGAUAAUGAUAUAUCAUAUAUGAUUUGUCACUUUCUUUCUCUGUAGUCUGUAUUGUUAAAACACACUCUCCAUUGUGUUGUUUUAUUUAACGAUGAACGUUGCAUUCAUC